GAGUUUUACAGCAGACAAACAAAAAGGAAAGAAAAGCAGAAAGUCAUCACACUCUCUUUUCUCUUUUCUCUUUCUAUAAUAACAUAAUACAUGCAAAACCCAACCCAGUAUUCCAAUCAAUUCCCACUUUUGACCCUUAAUUCACUCCAUUCCCAUGAACCCACCUCUUCACAACUUACGCUAUCUUCCUCCUUCUUCUUCUUCUUCUUCUAUGGCUGUUUGUGACAUUAAACAAGUACUUGAAUUCUUGAAGAAUAAUGGCUUCUCAGAAUCUGAAUCAGCACUUAUGGAAGAUAUCAUGGAGAAAUCUGAAUUGGGUUCAUUGGAUUAUGAAAGAUUCUUAUUCCCUAUGAUUCCUCCACCUCCUCCUCUUAAGAUUCCUUCCUUAAUUACCGCUAACAAUCAUUCCAACUCUGUUUCUUCUGAUGAUGAAUUUGUCAGCUUGGCUUCUUCCAUUAGUGAUCUCUGCUCCUCUGAAUUUACAAAUCCAUAUGGAAUUCGUACUACGGCCGCUCCCACUUCUCAAUCAUCAUCUGAUAGAUUAUCUCAAUUUGGUACUGCAAGAGAUUACCAUGAUUUCGACAUGCAAAAUGACCUCUUCUGGUACCGGGAGAAGGAUGAGGAUUUCCCCAUGCCACCUUACUUUGGAAGCUCGGAUGGUGUCGGGGGCCCUAGUGAGGACAAGUUUGUGAUGAUCGAAGCAUCCGAGAGACAGAAUUUGGAGUAUAAAUCAGAUGGAUGGCCUAUAGCCACAGUGCACAAUGGGAAAGGCUUGAAAGAUUACUAUCAUUUGGAUAAACAAAAGCACCUUGAAGGAAAAGGUGAAUUUAGCUGUUCAUCCCCACUUUGUGCUUGCUGCAAGGGGCCAAAUGUGAUUUAUGGCGGUGAUCCUGACGAUAUGGAUAUCAACUUAACUGAGGCUAACUAUUUUCAGUAUGAACCAACUGGAGAGAGGAAAACUGAAGAUGGAAAUUACCAUGCCAUUGAAACAAGUUGCAAUACUAACUGGGUUGGAGACCUCAAAGGUAGCCCUGACCUUCAACCUAAGGCUGUCGAAAAAGAUUAUUACUCAUAUGAGCCAAAAGAUGAUAGAUUGGAGGCUCUGGAAGGCAACGAACCCGAUGAGGCAGCAGAUGAAGAGGGAGGUGCUACUUCAGAUGAGCUUUUGAUGUUUGAAGGCGAAAAUGAUUUUGAAAUAUUUAAUCUGAGAAUUAUACACAGGAAAAACAGGACUGGAUUUGAGGAGAGCAAGGACCUGCCGAUUGUUCUAAAUAGUAUUAUAGCCGGUAGAUACUAUGUAACAGAAUACCUAGGUUCAGCUGCAUUCAGCAAAGUCAUUCAAGCUCAUGAUAUGCACACUGGAGUAGACGUUUGCUUGAAGAUAAUAAAGAAUGACAAGGACUUCUUUGAUCAGAGUUUAGAUGAGAUUAAGCUUCUCAAGUUUGUGAACAAGAAUGAUCCUUGUGAUGAGCACCAUAUACUGCGACUAUAUGAUUACUUCUACCAUCAGGAACACCUCUUUAUUGUUUGUGAACUUCUCCGUGCAAAUUUAUAUGAAUUUCAGAAAUACAACCAAGAAUCUGAUCUAGAGCCUUAUUUUACAAUGAGCAGGCUGCAGACCAUAACUCGACAGUGCUUGGAGGCACUAGUGUUUUUGCACAAUUUGGGGAUCAUCCACUGUGAUCUGAAGCCUGAAAAUAUUCUCAUCAAAAGUUAUCGGAGAUGUGAGAUAAAAGUUAUUGAUCUUGGAAGCAGUUGCUUUCAGUCAGACAGCUUGUCCUUAUAUGUACAGUCUCGUUCCUAUAGAGCUCCUGAAGUCAUCUUAGGCCUCCCUUAUGACGCCAAAAUUGAUCUUUGGUCUCUUGGCUGCAUCUUGGGAGAGCUCUGCUCCGGGGAGGUGCUUUUUCCUAAUGAGGCAGUUGUUAUGUUGCUUGCACGUGUGAUCGGAAUGCUUGGUCCUAUAGACCUGGACAUGUUAGAAAGGGGACAGGAGACCCACAAAUAUUUCACAAAGGAUUAUGACCUUUAUCAUAUAAAUGAGGAUACUAGUCUACUGGAAUACAUAAUCCCUGAGGAAACGUCACUGGAGCAUCAGCUGUCAGUUUCUGAUCCAUUGUUCCUCGACUUUGUCAGAAAGUUGCUUGAGAUAAAUCCUCAAAAGCGCCCUACGGCCAAAGAGGCCCUAGGUCACCCUUGGCUUUCCCAUUGGUACGAGUAGAGUCCAAGUUAACUUGUUUUUGGUACUGUUUGUUCAUAUUUCAUGGUAUAUCACCAACUCGAAGCUGUUCUUGGGGCACAAAGGUUUCCUGACAGAGCAAAGGUUCGUUCUUUGUUGAGGAUAUUGAUUCAAUCGGUACAUAGUUGUCAAAUUCUAUGUUGCAUAUACGAAUGCUAAUUUUCAUUUUGAUGUUUUGUUGUAGAUGUUAUAGAGAAAAACUGUUUUGUUUUGCCUUUGGGGUAUAAACCAGUCUCCCAAUACGGUUUUGAGUCUUGUGACACAUGAAUAUACUCUUGACGUGUAUUCAUGAUUUUUUUUCCUUGUAAAUAAAAAAUAAUUCUCUUGGUUAUAUUUGUUGAUAAAAGCUGCUUCUUUGAGUUUGCAUUUGA